UAUGUUGGAGUCCUAAAUGCAGCCUUCAUACGCACGAGUGUUUGUGGAGACUGUGCAAUCGGCAGGAAAAAGCGUGGGACACAAACCUCUGCUGCGUUCAUCAUUGCUGUCUUGGAGGAAGGAUUUUUGGGAGCUAAGGCACAAGGUUUCAGAUGGUCUCCAGUUUCUCAGAGAGCAACAGAAAAGCAGAAGGAUCUCCUGGUCUCUCGCCUUGCUCCCGAGCUUCCCAGGACGUGGUGCACUUCAAAGCUGAAGGAGCAUCUUUAAUCUGGCUCCUAGGACCUGGACCUAGAUUUAGGCUGCUUGUUAAAUACUCUGUGGCUUUCUAACAGGUGACUUCAGAGCCUUGUAGAAAAGCCCUGAGCCACCUCGUAGGUGUGAUGUUGAUUUUGUGGCAUCAUGAAAAGGCAGAUGGGCUACAUGGAGGAGCCUGGGCCAGACAGAGAGCCCUAGCACCCAUCCACUGCCAGUUCAUCCACAAGAGCUUUCUAAGACUUUGGGGGAGCCAUAGCUUCAUACUUGGACCGCCAGGGAGGCCCAAAGGGUUGCUCUGCCAGGACAUUAGGGAUAGGAAGGAAUGGGCAGAUGUCGAACCCGUCCCUCAGAAUGAUGGGCCAAAUCCUGUUGUUCAGAUCAUCUACAGUGAAAAAUUUCGAGAUGUCUAUGAUUACUUCCGGGCUGUUCUGCAGCGGGAUGAGAGAAGCGAAAGAGCUUUCAAGCUAACAGCAGAUGCCAUUGAGCUCAAUGCUGCAAACUACACAGUAUGGCAUUUCCGGAGAGUCCUCCUGCAGUCUUUGGGAAAGGAUCUCCGUGAGGAACUUAAGUAUAUUACAGCUAUCAUUGAAGAUCAGCCAAAGAACUACCAAGUCUGGCAUCACAGACGGGUGUUGGUGGAGUGGCUGCAGGACCCGUCCCAAGAGCUUGAGUUCAUAGCUGACAUUCUUAACCAAGAUGCCAAAAAUUACCAUGCGUGGCAACACAGACAAUGGGUUAUUCAGGAGUUCAAGUUAUGGGACAAUGAACUGGAAUAUGUGGACCAGCUUUUGAGGGAAGAUGUGAGAAACAACUCUGUUUGGAACCAACGGCACUUCGUCAUUUUCAACACCACCGGCUAUGAUGAUCCAGCAGUCCUAGACAGAGAAGUCCAAUACACUCUUGAGAUGAUCACAGCGGUGCCACAUAAUGAGAGCGCUUGGAACUAUUUAAAAGGGAUUCUGCAGGAUCGUGGUCUUUCUAAGUAUCCAAAUCUGUUAGAGCAACUGUUGAAUUUACAGCCCAGCCACAGUUCUCCUUAUCUGAUUGCCUUUCUUGUGGACAUAUAUGAAGAUAUGCUUGAAAACCAGUGUGAUAACAAGGAAGAAACACUGAAGAAGGCAUUGGAGUUAUGUGAAAUUCUGGCUAAAGAAAAAGACACUAUCCGAAAGGAAUACUGGAAAUACAUUGGAAGGUCCCUUAAGAACAAGCACAGCUCAGGCACUGAACAGAGCACACUGGCAGACAAGCAGCAGUAACUGAACAUGGAAGAAAACAGUGUUAAGCUCUCAAGCUGUUCUAAAGCGGUACAAAGUAGGGUCAUCAACUGAUCUAAAAUCCAGUGUAGUAUUCCCCUGGUGAAGAGGUUUUGCAAUGAAAGAGGAGUGCAGAGUGCUGUAUAGUCUUGGGUUGCUGCAGCUACUGGUGAUAGCUCUAGGUGCCGUCAAGAAAUGUAUUAAGGCUGUUACUGAAAUGUACCAAAUAAAGGGUUUAUUUCCUAACAAUAAAUACAUAAAGCUGUACCUACUAUUUAUAAGGCACUAAACCAAUUUCUCAUGUCCUGGCUUAUCCAGUUGACGUUCCUAACACAGUCAUGUCAGAUGCUGCAGUAAUGACUGCAGGUAACUUAGCUGUAGUGGGUAUGAAGUAACCUACUUCUGGUUAGUGCAAGCUGCAGUUGUUGCCUGAUGGGGGAGCAGCUAUGCAACACUGACAGCACAUGCUAUUGUAUGCAACUAACUCCAAGUGUCAUUUUGUAAUAAAAAUACGUAACUUAAAGCAUUUGUCUGAAAUUUUCUAGUGUGUUUCUUUUGGUCUUCAGAUGCACAGAGUCUCUUCAAUGCUAAUAGAGAUAAGAUAUCCCCUUUUAGAGAUAUGGGAUUCUAUUGCAUUGAGGUGUCUUUUGCACUGGAGUAUUCUCAUCCCAGAAACUUUCAGUACCCUUGAUGUAUUCAGUGGAGCCUUAAAUUCUUACCUGCACACUCAGGAAAAAUGCUUUGAGGACCCUAGAAGAUCUGCUUAGUUUUCUCUUGGAAUUCUGUUCAGGCAGUCAAAAAUCUGAUUUUUUAUCUUUUUUUUUCUUCACCCUUUGUAACCAGACCAAACUGAAGUCAUAGGUCAGAAGCAUUGUCAGAAGCAACUGGUUAUGUUGUGUAGCUUUGCUGACCUGGAAGGGAAGGAAUGGUUUUAGCGGGGACCUAUUCGCAUUAAAUGUCUUAACCUUGUUGCUCCUAUAGGCUUUUCAUAUCUUUUUCCAUAUAUAUUCAGCCAAGAAGUAUUUUUCCUCCCUUUUGUGAAAGAUAGAAGGCACCUGCAGUACAGGACUGCAAAGUAUGUGUGUACCCAUACAAGAAGACCGCUGCAUCUGUCCUGUUUUCAGUAAAUGGCCAUUGUAAACUGUGUUCUUACCAUAGAUUGCUUGUCUGGUAUGAAAUACUUUCUUGGGAAAGGGAACAAAUAAAUACUAGUAUUUAUUCCAUAAUAUGCUCAGUCUGUCUGAUACUAAACAUUAAAAGCUGUUGCUGUAAUUAAACCAUAGUGG